GAAAUUAAUCUCCUACAUAACUUCAGGAGUUAAACUUGGGCAGAAGCCGAGUGGCGCUGCGACAGUGUGCUUUUUGUUUCAACUCACUGGCCUACAGGAUGUAUUCUUUCAGCACUAAUGCGCCUUCUGCAUACCGUUAAACUUGUUACAAUAAUUAAGACCUGUCAAGUGGCUUUGCACCAUCCUCAGCUGCUCUCUACCCCCGACAGCCACAGACAGGAAAAGGCGUGACCCCGCCCACAUCGAGCUGGAGAGCGACAGCGCAGCGCGGAGGCGCGUUCAUUUACAGCGAGUCCGUAUGCCGUAUGGCAGCCAUUCGGUCAACUGCUACGUACCUGUUCACUUGGAGAUCUGAUGGUACAUUUUAAAAAUUGGAAGAGCAUCAAAAGCAUUCGAUUGAAUAUGAGUGACUUCAACAAUUCAGACAAUACUAAUCAAAACUACAAUAUUGAGAAAGACAUUCUUUUCUUAGACAUUUCAUCACGAGCUACAUACUGUUAUACACUGUUUGUUAUGGCUGGCCUUAUUGCCAGUACAUUUAUCUGUAAAGUAUUUGUCAGAAUUUGUAGAGGAGGAAGAAACUUUGAAAAGCUUGACAUACUUUUCUAUGCUCUCAACUUCACAGACCUGAUAAUCCUUCUGUUUUCAUUUUCUGUAAUAGCGUACCGGCCCAAAUAUUUGCAGGCAACAAUGCUGGAAUGUGGGAUCUUGUCUUUCUUCUUUAACAUAUUCUAUUUUAAUUCUCAAUUUUUACAUGUCUCAAUUGCAUUUUUCUUAAUAGUUGAGGAGAGAUGUGCUAAUGUAAGUCGAAUGAGAAUAGCAGUGGACAGUGCUUUUGUCUGGAUUGUAUUUGCAGCUGUGUGUUCUUUGUUUUCCUCCCUCUUGGAAGCAGCACUGUUGGGUUUUGAACAAAAUUUAAAUAAGACCAUCUCUUGCCAGCUUGACCCACUUCAAGCAAAGGCACAAUAUGACAUUACAAAGUUUGUCACUAGUAUUGUAAUUCCAUACAUUCUUCUAAUGAUUUCUCUGUCGGUCUGCUGUUUCAUGUGGAAAAGGCCAGAUCAUAAAAGCACCAUGAAGGCAAGGCUCAGAGUUAUUUCAGCACUCCUAGCAGUAGCACUGGUUACACUGGUCUGCCGACUUUUUUACAAUUGUGUUCUGAUAAGCCGAGCUAUCCGAAAACUCCACAGUGGGAAUGACUACCCAAAACAUGAGGAAGCACUGAUGUGUGUAGCAGAACUGGUAAUGUUUUCAGGUAGCUGCAUUAGUUUGGUUUUAGUGAUUUUUCUGUACAAACCGUAUCAAGAACAGCUGUCAAAAUCCUGGCGUCAUCUGAGAGAAUUUUGUAGAAGGAUUACUCAUAGAGAUAACCACAGAAACAUCAUGGAACCCACCAUUGAAAUUGUAGACAAAAAAGAAGAAACAGCAUCAAUGAACAUUGAAGAACAAGAAGGAGAUAAUGAAGGGGUAACUAAAGUUUUCUUGGAAACAUAAGUAACCUGUCUGGCUAUCUUGUGGAUAAACUUAAAAAACUGAUCUAUGGACACUA